ACGGACGAAUUUAGAAAGAAGAAAAAAAAAAUAGGCACAAAUUCCAACCUUGUCGUCGUCGUAUCCCUAAAACCCUAUCAUUCUUCUCCGGCGGAACAAUCACGAACUCCGGCGAAUCCGAUGGAAAGAGGGAAAAAAAUGGAAUCACUCCCGACUGAUCUCAUUCGCGAGAUAUUCUCGAGAUUGCCGUCGAAGUCAGUGGCUAGGUUGCGUACACUGUCGAAGCACUGGGCGUCUAUGCUUCGCAGUCCUGAAUUCACCAAGCUGUUCCUGACCAGAUCCUCGACUCGUCCACGUCUCUUGUUUGCGGUCGAACGAUACAGAUGCAAUGAGUGGCAAUUUUUCUCGACGCCUCAGUCACAGAAUCGGUAUGAGAAGUCUGCUCAUUUGGAUUUUCAUACCAAGUUCUCAGGAGACGUUAGCCAAUACAUUUGUAGCUAUGCCUCAGGUUUGAUCUAUUUUCCGGCUGUGCGGAUCGUUGAUACUGACACGAUUUUGAUUUGUAACCCUAUCACCGGAAUGUAUGUGGGCUUACCUGAAAUCAUGAAGGGCAGAAGGUCUCGAGGCUUUUUAGUUUUUGAUCCCAUUGAUAAGCAAUUCAAGGCAUUGGAUCAUCAGUUCAUUCUAACAUUAGGAUCUGGAGAACUCAAGUGGAGGAGUAACGAUAUCCCGUGUCCUCUGUAUGAGCGUUGUUCUUCGACUCAAGGGAUAUGCAUCAAUGGGGUUUUGUAUUACUUAGCUAAAACUCUCUUAGCUGAAACACAUUUUGGAUUGACGUUUUUGAUAGUCCGCGCUGAUGUUAGGUCUGAGGAGUUCAAGUUUAUUGACGCAGCCCGCUUUAAUGAUCGUCUACAGGAUCCUACUAGAUUGAGUUUGGUCAACUGUAUGGGUAAAUUAGGUGUGACUAAUUGCAAGUGUGUUAAGGCUGGUGGAAAACGUACCGUUGAGUUGUGUAUGUCGGUACUAGAGGAUGUCGAGAAAUUGGAAUGGGUGAAAUAUGUCUAUACUCUGCCAGAGAAUGAAGUCCUUGCUUCCUCCAAAUUUUCAGUUGCCGGAGUGACUGGUACAGGUGAUAUUGUUUUGUGUAUGAAAUAUACAUGUAAACCGUACUAUGUGUUCUACUUCAAUCCCGAAAAGAACACUCUCCAAAGUGUUGAAAUCCAAGGGUUUGGAGCUAAGCUUGAAGAGGUUGAGAAUCGUGGUGAAGUUUUUGCCUAUGUUGACUAUGUAGAGGAUCUUAGUGUAAACGAUGCAAAGCAACUCAAGUCAAGCAUUUCUCAUGUCAAGAGUCGCUGCUCCUGCUGUCAAAAGUUAGCACCUGACAACAUCAGGGAAGAGGUAUGAGGAUGGUGUGAGUAGGGAGAAGAAAUGAAAGAGACAUCAGUGAAGGUGAAGACAGAAGAAGAAGACAAGAGUAUAAGAGAGUAAAACAAUGACACAAGGAAUAGGUAAAAAGCAAUAGGUCAUGUCAUGUAUGCGUUUAUGUUCUUUAGUUAAUAGUAUUCGACGUUGGUAAAAGUCUGUGCGAGUCCAAUCUAGCUUUGGUAAAAUCGUAUGUACCUUUUGACUAUCUUUGGCUAAUCUAGUUUUCAUUUAUAAUUCCAUCUCUCUUUAGGUCUAUAUCAAUAAAAUCAUCCCCUGUUUUAUA